GGUAAUAAUUUGGAAAGGUGCUGUACUAUACAGAUUUGCACUGCCUGCUCCAUUUCAUGCAACAGAAAUGCUGUGGCUGUGCGCUGCUGCAGGAUUUUGUGUUGUCCAUUUACAGUUUUUGUCGUAUCUCCAUUGACCUGUUGCACUAAAAUUAAUGUCACACUGCUUGACAAACUGUGCUCUUAAUAACUUAAGCUUUGCUUACAGGGCAAGCUAGGGCAGUAAGACAUGUUGAAUAUACACUGGCUUAAAUGAUUUCCUUACUGACUUGUCCUUUUUGAGCUUUGCUUAAUUCUGAACAUGUUACAGAAGCAGUCAGAGUGCCUAGAAGUGAAGUGUUCCUUUCCAGCUCCAUCAGUGAGGAUGUUUGCAUUUUAAGCCCAGAGUUGCAACACUUAGUCCUGUACUUGUAUUUUGUGCAUGUUAGGACAAAAAUAAAAUGGAGGAAGAGCUGAAAGAGACCAUUUGCAUCACUUGAGGCCCACUGGGAGCUGAGGGUCAGGAUCACUCUGAGAAUUAAUCAGUUCACUAGAGAAUAUGAUAAUACAAGGGAAUGAUGGUAUUGCAAUAUGGUUUUCUUUUUUUUUUAUUGGUAGCAGAAACUUUAAAAAUAAAGACAGCAAGAGAAAGCCUGGGAGCAGAAGUAGCCUGAAGGGGAAAUGACCAAGACCAGCUUAGAAGUGCAGGGAAUGGUGGUUCAGGAGUGCUGGUUUGCUGCGUCUUUGUGGGAAACUCCUUUCUAGCUUGUGGAGGGGGGAGAGAGCAAUCACAGCCUAUGAAAUCUGACUGCUUAAUGCUGCUUUGAAAAAAGUGCAAUAAUUUUGGGCCUUCUGCUUUUCCUGCGGAUUGAGGAUUUUAAACAGGGAAAGAUGAGCCUGCGGAAAAGCGAGUGUAAUCACAAAGCUGAAAGCGGGUCUGGCCUUUCUUGUCAUUUUUAACAAGCCAAAACAUUGCAGAAAUCUGCCCAGGCAAACUUCUGGUCCUGCUGUGCCCCAGUGCAAUAAUUAUAAUGCAGAAACAGCUGAUGGGUCACGUCUCCAGCCCUGCGCAGUGUUAUGACUUGCUACCUACAUUCCAUGUUUAGCUUUGAGCGAUCAGAUGGUGCAAGCAACGUGAGCUAGCAGCGCCUGAGGACAUGCAGCCAGGCAACCCGUCCUUUCCCUCUGCAGCUUUGGUUUCUUUUCUCCACUUGUGUCUCAUCCUGUCCCCUUAAGGUGAUGCAUUUUACAAUAAAGGCUGCUCUCUGGAGAGGGUCAGCCGCCCUUGCAGGAGCAUGUGUGCCAUUCCCACUGUGCUGUUAAGUCCAAGGACCCAGGGUUUGUAAAUAUUGUUUCUAAAGUACCUGAGAACUCCAGGUGAGCUGCUUGCCCUACUUACCAGGGACUCUGGAGCUGUGGUUGGUACAUGUGGUGGCACAUGGUGGCAGACUGCAUCAGCACUGUUACUGAUGUGACUUAAUGAAGCACGAGUUGUGUUGGAGGGAUAAAUUUUAUCUCUGUGCAUGGGGAAAGGGUCAUUUAUGAAUGUUUACAGACAGACAAAAAAGUUGAAAAUGAUGCUUGUUUAAAGAGCAAGGGAGGCAGGGAGGGAAGAGGGAUAGCUUGGACUAGUGUUUUGUAUUGUGCUUAGCACAGUGCAAAAGGUACACACAGUCCUUGAUCUAGGAAAGCAGUAAGCAUUCAUUGUCUGGGACUGCUCUUGCUCUCUUGAACUCCUCCUCCAGGGAUGCUGUGGGAGAGGUGCAGUGCAGACAUUUUGCUUGUUGUAGUUUAUAUUAUUGUGAACUUACAUUCAUGUAAAUGGGUUUAAUUGAAGAACUGAACUUCAGGUUGACUUUUAAAUGAUAGGAGUGUUCUUUAUGGCAGAGGGGUUGCAAGCAAACUCUGAGCUGGAGAGAGGGGAGCAACGGGGAGCAGGAGGAGGGAGUCGGGAGAUGGAGCCGGCUGUGGCGUUCCUGAAAUAAACUUCCUGCAAUUCUUUGCAGUGUGCAGGUGUCCAGACUCCCCUUUACUCAUGGUCGCCUGUGCAGCCCGUCAGGCGACUGAAGGCUGUACCUAAAAUUCUGCCGGCAGUGCAGCACACACUGCAAUGGUCUUGAUAUAGUUACGCUGGACACCUUGCACACCUACUGGUUGUAGCAUCCCCUCCUAGUCCGAACGACUGAGUGUUGAGUUCCAGGAGUCUACACGUGUGGAGUACUGCCUGGACUAGAAAAAGGAAAGCUGCAGAGAUUGUAAGCUGCUGCUUGAUCCGUGUGGCUGUUGUGCCGAAGAGCAUCAAAACUUUGCUGGAUGGAUCCGACAGCUCGUUGCAGAGUAGAGGUGCUAGAGGGUGCUGCUGAAGAAGAGGCUGAAGAGCCAGACGCUACUAUACAUGCUACACUAAGUGAGGAGACCAGCAACCAAGAAGAGAGCCCCAGUCAACCAGGGGACAAAAAUGAAGUUCCAGAGAAGCAGUUGGAAAGCUUAAGCAGCUACCAGGUAUCACCAAGCCCACCAAACAGUUUGGACGGAGCAGACUUGUCCUCCAUUGACGCCAUGAUGUCAGCAGUGAUGAACGUGGGGAAGAUUGCUGAAAAUGGCGGGAGCUCUCAAAAUGUCAAAUCCCCUUUGAAGUCUCCUGCACCAAAUCGGAUUGGCAGGAGAAACCAGGAAAUAAAAGAAGAGAAGUCUUCCUAUACCUGUCCUCUGUGUGAAAAGAUUUGCACUACACAGCACCAGCUAACUAUGCACAUUCGUCAGCAUAACACUGACACUGGAGGGACAGACCAUUCCUGCAGCAUCUGUGGAAAGUCUCUGAGCUCAGCGAGCUCCCUUGAUCGCCACAUGCUGGUGCACUCAGGUGAAAGGCCUUAUAAAUGUUCAGUAUGUGGACAGUCCUUCACCACCAAUGGAAACAUGCACAGGCACAUGAAGAUUCAUGAGAAGGAUCCGAACAGCACAGUGACCACAACUCCCCCUUCACCACUGAAGCGCAGGCGAUUGUCUUCAAAACGGAAGUUUUGCCACGAUGCUGAGAUGGACAGAGAGGAGAGGAUACCUGCAAAAAAGGUUGUCGAGGAUGGUCACUCCUGUGAAGGGGAUAAGAAGGCUGAGGAGGAAGUUUAUCAUUGUCCAGUGUGUUUCAAAGACUUUUUUUGCAAGUAUGGGCUGGAGUCCCACAUGGAGACACAUCCAGAUAAUUCUCUGAGGUGUGACAUCUGUUGUAUUACGUUUCGUACGCAUCGGGGCUUACUGCGUCAUAAUGCAGUUAUCCACAAGCAGCUUCCCAGAGAUCCCAUGGGAAAGCCUUUCAUUCAGAACAACCCUUCGAUUCCAGCAGGCUUCCAUGACUUGGGAUUCACGGACUUCUCCUGUAGGAAGUUCCCCCGCAUUUCUCAGGUCUGGUGUGAAACAAAUUUGCGAAGGUGCAUCAGUGACUUCCAUAGAUUUAUUUGUGAGCUGUGUAACAAGGCAUUCCCCAUGCUUUCGGCACUCAAACUGCACACAGAAACUCAUGUAUUGGAUCAGGGAAGAGACAAGCACAAGCAACAGUCCAUGAUCCUGCCUGGUGAGAACCCAGACCAGAAAGCCUUCAUGGCAUCCUUGGGCCUACAGUACACCAAAGACAUCAAGCCUGUCAAGCAGGAGGACAAUACACAAGAUGAGGUCCAAGAAAUGCGGCUCAGAGCACUGAAGAGUAACCUACCUCAGGAACCCGGCAGCACCAGUCUGCUCAGCCUCUCUCCUCUGGAAGCUGCCUCGAUGGGAGGGUCAUUUUCAGUCCUUCCCCCUACAAAAGAGAACAUAAAGCUUCUCUCGCUGCAGCCUUUCCAGAAGGGUUUUAUCAUCCAGCCUGACAGCAGUAUUGUGGUAAAACCCAUCUCCAGUGAGUCUGCCAUUGAGCUGGCAGACAUUCAGCAGAUCUUGAAGAUGGCUUCUUCCGCUCCUCCUCAGAUCAGUCUUCCUCCCCUUUCUAAGGCACCUUCUGCCCCUGUGCAGUCUAUUUUCAAGCAUAUGCCGCCACUGAAGCCAAAGCCUUUGGUAACGCCCCGAACAGUCGUCGCAACCUCUACACCUCCUCCCCUUAUCAGCGCCCAGCAAGCCUCCCCUGGCUGCAUCAGCCCGAGCCUCCCACCUCCCCCUCUGAGGCUGAUCAAGAGCUCAGUGGAGUCCUCCUCCAACUCUCACCUACCCCAGCCAGGAGCCAGAUCGAGCCCUUCCUCGCAGUUGCUCCUCCAACCCAAAGUAGAGCCUUUAACUCAGCAUGAGAUGAAGACACAACUGGAGCAGGACAGCAUCAUCGAAGCUCUCCUGCCUCUGAGCAUGGAAGCCAAGAUCAAGCAAGAGGUCACAGAAGGAGACCUCAAAGCCAUCAUUGCAGGGGCAGCAAACAAGAAAGCCCCAACCAUGAGAAAAGUUUUGUAUCCCUGCCGUUUUUGUGACCAGGUGUUUGCCUUCUCUGGUGUCCUGAGAGCUCACAUCCGUUCUCACUUGGGUAUUUCCCCAUACCAGUGCAACAUCUGUGACUACAUUGCAGCUGACAAGGCAGCGCUGAUCCGACACCUGCGGACACACAGCGGGGAGAGGCCUUACAUCUGUAAAAUCUGCCACUACCCAUUCACAGUGAAAGCCAAUUGUGAGAGGCACCUGCGAAAGAAGCACUUCAAAGUGACCAGGAAGGAUAUAGAAAAGAACAUUGAAUAUGUCACCAGCAAUGCUGCAGAGAUGGUGGAUGCCUUCUGCUCCCCAGACACUGUAUGCAAGCUGUGCGGUGAGGACCUGAAGCAUUACCGAGCCCUCCGCAUUCACAUGAGGACGCACAGCGGCUGCCAGAAGAAGAAGCCGUUUGAGUGCAAGGAGUGUGGCACAGCCUUUUCGGCCAAGAGAAACUGCAUUCACCAUAUCCUCAAGCAGCACUUGCAUGUGCAAGAAAGGGAAAUUGAGAAUUACAUCUUAGCGGUGGACUGCAGUGCCCAGGCAAGCCAGGCAGACCCUUCUUUAUUGGAGGACAGCACUUACAUGGACCACAAGACCAUGACGCCUUUCCUGGAGCCACAGAAUGGCUUCUUGCUUGGGACAUCGUCUCAUGUUCCCAUCAAACUUGAACCUGCAGGUAGCUUUCCAAUGGAUUUUGAUGAGCCAUUGGAUUUCUCUCAGAAGAGCAGAAGCCUGAGUGCUGUGCAAGUGAAGCAGGAGAACCUGUUUGGCUCUUCUCCUGUGUCCUUCUAUGACUGUUCCAUGGAGCCUAUUGACCUGUCCAUCCCCAAAGUCCUGAAGAAGGAUAAAGAUGAUGUCCCAUAUGAAGCUAGGAGCCAAGAGCUGGCUGCUUCUGGGAACAGUGAUAAAGCCUACAACUGUCUGCAGUGUCCUUUGGUUUUUGGUGCCAAUGGGAACUCAGAGAACAACAGGGGUGUCAGACAUACCCAGCCACUGAAAGGUUCAUUGCAUUUGACUGUCCCAAUCAUUUCCCCGGCUCUCCUUGGCAAUUCUGCCUUGCUGAGACCCUUGAGGCCUAAACCACCACCUCCACCUCUCUUGCCAAAGCCUCCAGUAACUAAAGAGCUGCCACCGCUAGCUUCCAUUGCACAGAUCAUUUCAUCUGUGUCUUCUGCUCCCUCUUUGCUGAAAACGGAGGCUGAAGACACUGGUCCUAAGGCAGUGAGCAGCUCCACUGGGUGUGACAAAUCAGGGAACGCCAAAGCAAAAGUGACAAUCACGACCGCCGUGCAGAGAGACUCCAGCCUGCCCAGUGACCUGGCUCAGGCACGUGAUCCAGAGCUGUCUCCCGUUGCCGAACCUGUGUUGACUAAGAGAAGAGGUAGAAAGAAAGGAACAAAAAAUAAGCCUAAAUUUAGCAGUGGUCUGGAUCUGGAGUCAAGUGGGGAAUUUGCCAGCAUAGAGAAGAUGCUGGCUACCACAGACGCUAAUAAAUUCAGCCCGUUUCUGCAGUCCACUGACAAUUUCAAGGAAGAAAGCCGCAGAAAUGGAACAAAUGAGGAUGAGAAGGCCACUGCUGAAGACAAGCUGCUGAGAGGGAAGAGGAAUGCUUACUCAGACUGCCUGCAAAAUAUCCCCUGUCCUUACUGUCCUCAAGUCUUUCCAUGGGUAAAUUCCCUACAGCAGCACAUACUCACUCAUACAGACAGCCAGUGUGAUGCAGAGACACUAGCUACAGGAAAUGAAGUCUUGGACCUGACCUCUUGCGAGAAGGAACAGCCAGGGGAGAUAACAGAGCUACCAGCGAGUGAGUGCGGCCCCAAGGAGCAAAAGGCUGAUUCCCCUCCAGCAGAACGGGAUGCCGAAAUAAAAGCGGAUGGAUAUGAAGAGGGCCCUGAGGAAGAUUCUGUAAGUAACAAAAGUCUUGACCUCAAUUUUGCCAGCAAAUUAAUGGACUUCAAGCUGGCAGAGAGUGACCAGAGUGCAGGCAGCAGUACUCAGACUGAAAGGAAACAUGCCUGUGACAUUUGUGGCAAAACCUUCAAGUUUGCUGGCACUCUUGGCCGUCACAAAAAGGUCCACAUUCGUGAGGACAGAAAGGAUGAAAGGAGCAGUGAGGAUGAAAGCAAAAGCGUUCAGGAUAAUGCAGGAGCUCCCUCGAUGCAGGACUCUGGUAUUGAGCAGGAAGAGUCUCCGAUGGACUUGAAGGUAGUGGAGUCUCCUGUGGACUAUGAGGCAACAGGAAAGGAAAAUGAAGAGAGCGAAAGCAUCUCUGAGGGGGAAGGCACAGAGAGAAAGUCCACUGAGAAGAGCAGUGAUGACAAAAAACCAAAGACUGAUGAGGCUAAGAUUACUGCAAAAGCAGACAAAAGAAAGAAAGUCUGUACUGUGUGCAACAAGCGUUUCUGGUCUCUGCAGGAUCUGACGCGACAUAUGCGGUCUCAUACAGGUGAGAGACCUUACAAGUGUCAAACCUGUGAACGGACCUUCACUCUGAAACACAGCCUGGUUCGCCACCAGCGCAUACACCAGAAAAUCAAAACCACCCGAAACCAUGGGAAGGAGAGUGACAAGGAGGAGACGCAGUCAAGGUGUGGAGAAGACAGCGAGAACGAGUCAAGCCACAGUGGUGCCAACCCCAUCUCAGAAAACGAGUGCGACUCUACCGGGGGCAUCGGUGACCAAACAUCACCCCUCAUGGGAAGCCGAAAAGAGUCCCUGGCUGGCACGGUCCCGGGCUUCUCCCCCUGCAGAGAGGAGAGGCUGAGCGGGCGAGGAGCCGGCACCUGCCUGGUGGAGCCCACCAAGAGUGCACAGAAACAGACCGCAAAAGACCAGGAGCCUCGGGGCAGCUCGGAGCUCGAGAGGCCCUCGGGUUUCAUUCAAGACUUGCUGGAGAUGCACAACAAAAAGUCUCCCAUGAAUCACAUCCUUGCCUCUGCAGACAGUGCGCCUCAGCUCUUGGGGGUUGAAUGACUUUGCUCAGAGGUUGGAGCCGUCCUGGCACACAAGCUGAAGCCAGCAGAGCAAGGUUUCCUUGGAGUCCUGUUUCGGAAGAGUGACCUACAGCUGUGGGGAGAGUAUGGCAGACUGGAUGUGGUGCCAUAUGCCUUUCAGUAUAAUAAUGCAAGAGACUACAGUACAUACUGAUUUGAGUGCCUUACUACUUUAUUAGAUCUUUUGGUAUUAUAGAUUUUUUCAAAAAUGAUUUUUUUUAAUAUUUUAAUGAAUUAUUUGGAGAGGACCUUUUUCAUUUAAGCAUUAAUGUUACCUUUUGUAUUGGUGUGUGUGAGCUUGUUCUUGUAUAUCUGUGAUAGUCGCUGUGUUUGUUCUCUGAGCUGGAAAUGGGGGCAGUGGGGUGGGAGGCCCUUGGAUACCACAGCCAAUAACUGGAAGAAAAAAAUAUGUGAAUUUCUUAUGAAAUAGUCAGAGGAAAUGCAGGCGAGGUGUUGAUUUGUUGUUUUUUCUCAGUAGAUGUUCUUGCAUUUGCCACACGGUGGAGCAUUAAGCCUGUUCCAGGCCUGAACAACAUGGCAGUUGAAGGUGUUCAAAGCGAUUCAAGCCAAAAAGCAGGAAACACAAAGAAAUUUCAACCUCACGCUUCUUUCCACUUUUCAGCAUUAGAAAUGGUCUUCUGAAUCCUAGGGGGUUUUUCUGGCCAUCAUGGACUGAGCGUGUAUGCAGAGAAGAGUUACAUAGCAACGUAACCUAUGGAAAUUAUGCACCCGCUGUUAUAUAUGUUUGAUUUGCUUCAGUAUAUUAUUAUUAUUAUUAUUUUAUUGUUAUUUUAUAAAUCCAUCAGUUUGCUUGUCUCUGCAGUCAGCAGAAACCAAUGGGCAAUAUUUGCCCCCCCCUCGCAGACAUACAGCGCCGCUUGGAUCCCCUCUCAAAAUGUUGUUGACUCGACGCUUUCACCAGCUCCUCUUCUUAUGUUGCAGCUCUUCUACUGUACUUUAAAUGAGACCCUUCCUCUGGCCGGAGAGUCAAACGGAGGCCGUUUGCGGGGUAUCAGCACACCCAUACAGGCAGGGGAGCAUCUCACUCGUGUGCGUGAAUGUGUGCGUGCGUGUGUGUCAGGGGGAGGCCCCUUCCAAGUGCGUGAGAAAGGUGCUGCGAGUGCUGAGGUUAGUCUUGUGGCCAUCACACCGGUGACAGCGCGCGUUACUCAAAGAGCAAAGUUAUCCCGUCUUCCAGCCGAAAGCAAGCCAGGGAGAAAUGCGAGCCUUACCGUCAUCUUGCUACUGUCGUGUUCUAGAGCAAGAAAGUACUACUGGUAAUAAAACUACAGAUUUAAGACAUGUUAAAAAAAUAAAUAAAAUAAAUUAAUAAAAAAUAAAUUCUUCCUGAGAUUUUGGGGUUGAUGCUUGAAGACUUGAGGUGUGUGUCUAAAUUUCAUAUCAAUAAUUUAACCCCUUCAGUGCUGGCAGCUGGAAGUUCUUCUCUCUGUGGCUCCUGUUGCCGGCAACAGGCGACACUCCGGCCGCCACUGUUGAAGGGGUUAAGUGAAAUGUAUCCUACUGUAGCUGUGCAUUUCUAGGAGUGCCCAGCAUUUGUUGUUGUUGUCCUUGUUGUUGUUGUCCUUGUUGUUGUUUGUUAAUUGUCCUUCAGUCAUGACCUCUGGGACAGACAGAGCCAUAAUAGCAUUGCCGGAGCCUCACUGUGCUAUUCCACCACUGCAGACCCCCAGCCCAGCCCAUCCCAGCCCACACUGUGACCCCCCUCUCCUUCCCCCCGACCCCUGCAGAAUCGCUUUUCCUGCUCUCACCAGACAUGGAGGAAGUGGGCCUUGGACCCAGUCUAUAUUAUAUAAUAUAUAUAUAUCUAUAUAUAACUAUAUAUUAAAAGAAUUCUCCGAAAAAUUCUGGAGACUGAAAUCUCACUGUCCAGAAUGCAAAGGAAGAGAAACGUUCUCGAGCAAUAUUCUUGCAAAUAGAAUAAGAAAAAAAAAAUACAACAAAUGGUUGAGGUAUAUGAUGUGAUUUCUAUUUUUUUUGUUGUUGUUUUGUUUUUUGGUUCUUGUUUUUAAUAGGGAUGUUUGAACCAGUUCAGAAACGAAGCUAAUGCCACAUAAAGAUAAAUCAGUCACAACCAAUGAUUCAUUUGAAACUCUACCCAGGUGCAUUCUACUUAAUUAAAACCAGUUCACACAUCCCUUGAAUUGUUAUUACUAUUAUAAUUAUAAUAAUUAUUAUUAUUAUUUGGGGUAUUUUUUUUUGUUUUUGUCUAUUUUUUGUUUGGGGUUUGUUUUUUGUUUUGUUUUGGGGUUUUUUUGCAACUCUCCACACUAAACUGCGCAAUACUGUGGGGGAGAAGCCAUUACUAAACUAUAUGCUGCAGAACGAUGUAGCAAGUAAUUAAUUCCCAGCAGCCUGCCGGGACAUCUGCUAGCAAUAAUCACUAUUGAUUUAAAGCUUUAUUUAGCCUUUAUCUAUAUCCUAGUAGAGUAUAAGGUCUUGCCACAUUUUAUUGACAUUUUUAUUAGUUGAGUUUGACUGAGAACCGUUGCUGUUGUGGGGUUUUUUUUUUGUUUCCCCUCCUCCCCCAAUAUUAAACUGUGAAAUUUAUAAUGUGUUUAAACUAUGGGUGAAUCGUAGGCUUUAGUUUGCAUGUUCAGCUAAUUUGUCUCUAUACGAUUUUUGUUUGAAUCUUUUUAUUUUUGGGGGUUUUUUGUUUUGUUUUGGGGUUGUUUUUUUUUUUUCCUCUCUCAGGGCUUUUACAAAUAACAAAAAAGAGAAAAGAAAUUAAAAAAAAAAAAAAAGGAUCUUCUGAAAUUCUUUUGCCUGAGUUGCAAUGGACUCGUUGACAUUGAGAGAUUCAAUCACUACAUUGAGCACUUGACUGUGAAAGCGCAAAAAAGAAAAAAAGAUACAAAAAAAUAAACAAAGGAAAAAGACAAAAAAAAAAGAGAGAACUUUGUUUGAGGCUGUUGUGAAACAACUGUCGGGGCUACGUGACAGUGAUUCCAUUUGCAGAAUGAUUCGUCAUCUUCUCUCUCCUCUCUGUGUGUCUCCUUUCUCUCUCCCCUCUCUCUCUCUCUCUCUCCACGAAGGAAGUUCAAUCCUAGUGAUUUCAUCCCAUGCAGGAAACAGUAAUAAAUGUGUAGAAUUCAUAUUUUUCUAAAGGGAACUUAAACUGCUGCUACGAAUUGUGUACAAGACUGGUUUAUGCCACAUGAACAGAGAAUCACACAUUUGUUUUGGUACUUCUAUUCCUCUUUUUAUUCAGUUGUACAGUACUUCCAAAUUCAAAAUAAAAAGUAAAACUUGUUCUGUAUCAAACCAUCUAAGCAAUAAAAUGUUAUAUUUAAAAAUUA